AUGGACACCACGCCUCUCGAGCGCCGGGUGAUCACGACCGUCGACGAGAAUGGCGUCACUUAUGUCGAAACGAAGAGCGGCAGCCUCAAGCGCCGUCUGAACGGCGAACAUCGCGUCCUCGUUUGCCAGAAGGUUGCAACGCCUCCGGCCAUUGUAGGAGAAGAUCGCGAGGAGACGAGGGAGACUAUCGAGACAAGAACCAUCGUACAUGAGCGAUCGGAGAGAGUGAGAAUCGAUCUGAGAGUUCAAUAUCGCGUGAGUCGGGCAUGGACAACACAUGGCAUAUCAAGACGUGGAUACUGAUACACGUGCAGCACUUCGAACGCGCUGGUGCCAACAUUACCAACAUCACAGUCCCGCCAGACUUCACGACCGCUUUUGUGUUCGACGCAACAUCCCUCUUGCGAGGUAACGGAGAUGUUGAAGUGCGCCAAACACAAUACCUCCCACCCGACUCUUCAACGCUCGAGCGCCUGGGCUCCUCGCGAUACUCCUCCCCACGUCAUGAGCACGCCCACGCCCACGCCCGCGCCACAGAUCGCAAUCGCCAUGAUCCGUACACUUUAUAUCGAAGCAGCCGAGCCUAUCACGAAUACGGCGGCCCAUCGAGGAUGAGGCCAAAUCCCGAACGCCAGGUGGUGAAGUACGAAGGUGGUUACGAUGAUGUGGUGAAGUACGAACGUGGACACGAUGAUGUGGUGAAGUACGAGCGUGGAUACGAUGAUCGCGAGCACCGCCACAGGUACUCUGCACAAGAUCAUGUCGAUGAAUACAACCGCGAGCGAAGCCGCCGCCGCCUUCACCGUGAGCGUUCAAGCUCUCCGGUUCGAGCUCCGCCCCUCCGCGCUGCGACAGGCCGCCGAGAACCGUCCUCGGUGGAUAGACAUGGUGCUGGUGACGGCGGAGUGGUCUUGCAGAAGGCACCUGGUGCCGGCAGCGGUGGUCCAAAGAAGCGCAAGACGGGUGGAAAUGGCAAUGUGCGUGCCCAGGGCAGUGUCAGGGAUGCAGAGUGA